AGAGAAACUAUUCCUAUAUAAGCAAUAAUAUCCUAUACAAGAAUCAUUCCACCCCCAAAAUAUGAUAUCUCAAAACCACACUUUGCCGGUAUGGUACAUAGUAGUGCUUUUUUGCGCUCGCGCUGUUACACCUGAUUUUUCUUUUGGCGUCCCCAUCGUGCGAACCCGCCUACGGAAACUUCAAAACAUCAUGUAGUCUCUCCUUAAGUAGAAGUCAUUAUUUGCUAUGCCGUCGAGUUCCAACUGCAAAAGUCAAUGGCAUCUCACGAAGUCGACAUGUCCAAUUCCAACCCCAACAAGCUGCCUCUUCAGCAGCCAAGUCUGCCCUGGCGCAUGACUUCUUCCGUUAUUAUGGGCCUAACUGCGGCCCUCUCUAGGGGUUUCUUAUAUGGUUUGAAUUCGGUCGAGGUAACCGGUUUAGAGCGAUUCUUGGAAGUCUUGGACAAGAGGAAAGAUGUCGAAAAGAGGCAGAGAGGUCUCAUUACUGUUUCAAAUCAUGUCAGUGUACUUGAUGAUCCUCUCAUAUGGGGGGUUUUACCGUUUAGUUAUGCCUUCAAUCCGUCUAAUCAUAGAUGGGGUAUGGGAGCCCAUGAUAUAUGCUAUAAGAAUAAGCUACUUGGAUCUUUUUUCUAUGCUGGUCAAGUAUUACCGACUCAUAGGUCAAAACACUCACCUCAUGGGGGACUCUUCCAGCCUACAGUUCCCCAGGCGAUUCGACUUCUGUCUUCAUCGCCGUUCACUACUCCGACACCAGCUCCCUUAGAAGAGUCUCAUGACAUAUUAGAUCCGUUUACUUCGGGGGGUAUGACAUUCACUACUACUGGCACAGACCAAUAUGUCGCGCCGUCUAUAUACUCCCAAAACCGGCAUAGUUGGGUCCAUGUCUUCCCCGAGGCAUGCGUACAUCAGCACCCGAAGAUGUUCUUGCGUUAUUUCAAAUGGGGCAUUUCACGCAUGAUUCUUGAGAGCGAGCCCAUGCCCGACGUGCUACCCAUGUUCAUCGACGGCCCCCAGCGCGUCAUGCCCGAAGACAGGGGAUGGCCACGAUUCCUUCCCCGUUUCCCCGUCAAGUUCCGGGUAGCCUUUGGCGAACUCCUAGACACCGAGAAGAAAUUCGGGGACCUUCGCGCGCGGUGGCAGGAGCUCGUCCGCAAGGAGAAAAGGGGCCUAGCAAUGGGCGAACUAACUGACGAACUUAAAUACGGCAAGGAAGCCGUGAAUCUAAGAAUCGAGGUCGCGAGGAGGGUUCGCGAAGAAGUAGCAAAGGUUCGCAGGAACAUGGGAUAUCCAGAAGAAGAGCCACGUUUCGAGUUAGCAGAGACAUGGGCCCAGGAGCCGACUGAGGAUCGCUUCAAGAGUAAUGUUGAUGACAGUUUAAUCAACAAGAGGAAAUAAAUCAUCUUGAUUUGGCUAUUAUUAUAGAUUUCAAAGCUGAGCGUAUCGUAGAGCAGUAGGUUUUAGAAUAAAUUUAAUGACCGAAUAGAUAUAGGGGCACAUAACAAACAUUUGCUACGGUUACUAAUAAAUCUUGAUAGGAAGGGAUUCAUGGGAUAGGUACCGG